AUGCCGGAUAUCACACGGAGGCUGUCAUCCAGACCGCGGCUUGAAAUGGAGGAAAGCCAACCUUUUCUCCGUGCGCAGCCAGAGGCUGGUGGGAACGGAUAUGGCAGCGUGCCGCACUGUGACGACGCCAACACGGAGGUCGCUAGUCAGGACACCGCCAGCAAUUGCAGCGAAGACAGCGAUGACGACGAUGACGAUGACGAUGACGAUGACGAUGAUGCAGCUAGUAUCAAGCGACGACGAGCUAAACGUCUUCAAGAGACCGGAGGGUGGCUGGGAUAUCUGCAAGACUUUGCCAUCUUUAUCCCUUUCAUCAUACCAAGGAAAGACCGCAAGGUCCAGUUUUGCAUAGUCCUGACCCUUGUCUGCCUGGCCGGUCGGAGAGUGCUCAACAUCUUGAUCCCGGCUCAACUCGGUAUCAUCACCAACAUGAUCCUCGAGAGGCAGGCUCCUUGGGGUGCGCUAUUGGUGUGGCUGCUUCUCACUUUACUCGACAACGAUGCCGGCCUGGGCCUUGUCGAAUCGCUCUCCAAAAUUCCCAUCACGCAGUUCUCAUAUCGACAACUUACCAAUGCAGCCUUCAACCAUGUCAUGAGCCUCUCGAUGGAGUUCCACUCCGAGAGAGACUCCGCGGAGGUCAUGAAGGCCAUUGAACAGGGAGAAGCACUUUCCAACCUCCUCGACACCGCAAUCAUCGAAAUACUGCCGACGGUCGUGGACCUAGUCGUGGCUUUCGCUCUCCUAUAUAGCAAGUUCAACAUAUACGUCGCCCUCACCAUGCUCAUCGUCUCAGUGGCCCUCAUGGCGGCGGAAGUCUACACCUCGAGCGUGAACAUUGCAAACCGCCGCGUCUCGAGAAAAGCCCAGCGGGAAGAGGCGCGGGUGCUGCACCAGGCAAUCCAGGGGUGGCAGACCGUCAGCUACUUCAACAUGUUCAGGUACGAGCGCCGCCGCUUCGGACAGGCCGUGGACUCUCAGCUUGCAGCCAGCCGCAAGUACGCCGUGCGGGACGCCCUUGUCCAGGCCCUGCUCGACACAAUGGUACCGCUCACGUUCUUCGUCCUGACCAGCCUGAUCUUAUUUGAGAUCUUCAAUGACCGGGCUACCCCCGGAGACUUUGUGUUCUUCAUUCAGUACUGGGACGCCCUCAUCUGGCCGAUGAAGAUGCUAACGCAUGAUUACCGAUACCUGAUGACGGAUCUGGUCGACGCGGAGAGGUUGCUCAACCUGCUGCAGACCAAGUCGACAAUCCUCGAGAAGGAGGAUGCCGUAGAACUCCACAAUAUCAAGGGCCACGUCGAAUUCGAGAACGUCGGGUUCGCCUACGACCCCCGGAGGCCAACCCUCCGCGACCUGAGCGUCUCAGCACCACCAGGGAAGACCAUCGCGCUGGUCGGCGAGACAGGAGCGGGCAAGUCCUCCACCAUGAAGCUCCUGCUGCGCUUCUACGACGUGACCUCGGGCCGCAUCACCAUCGACGGGCACGACAUCCGCGACGUGACGCUCAGCUCCCUCCGGGGGUCCCUGGGCGUCGUCCCGCAGGACCCCUUGCUCUUCAACGCGACCGUCAUGGAGAACCUGCGGUACGCGCGGCCCGGCGCGACAGACGAGGACAUCUUCGAGGCCUGCCGCGCCGCCGCCAUCCACGACCGGAUCCUGACGUUCGCGGACGGCUACGGGAGCCGCGUCGGCGAGCAGGGCGUCAAGCUGUCGGGCGGUGAGAUCCAGCGGCUUGCCAUCGCGAGGGUCUUCCUGAAGGACCCGCCGGUGCUCGUCCUCGACGAGGCCACGAGCGCGGUUGAUACGGUGACGGAGGCGAGUAUUCAGGAGGCGUUGGAUAAGUUGCAGAACGGGCGGACGACGUUUGUCAUUGCGCAUAGGCUUUCUACGGUUGUGCGUGCGGACCAGAUCGUUGUUCUGCACAAUGGUGAGGUUGCGGAACGCGGAACUCAUGAGGAGUUGCUUGCGAUGGCGGGAAGAUACUCUAAUUUGUGGACGAGACAGAUUGGUGGAGCCAUGAGAGAAAAAGCGUUUCAUUAGAUGUGUUUUGCUUCUUUUCACACUUCAAUACAGACUUGCAUUUUGGUUCGGGCGUUGGGUUCAGA